AUGAUCAAGUGUUCGAUUAUUCUCCGCAAGAUGAAUCUUCGCUCAUUUCUUCUCGUCAUUUUCUCGAUUCUCUUCGGCAUUGCUCAGGGUUUUCGCGGUGGAAAUGGACGCCCAUUAUUCAGUGUCUCAAGCAUGGAUUUAGCCGAUUUCUCUCAAUACGCCAAUUCGGAUUCGCCUUCUUUCAAUUACGGUCGACCAUUGCAGACGAGAUUCGGCCGAAGUGGCCGAUUGUUG